UGUGGCUGUGUUUGGGAUUCAAAACCCUUCCCGGGAUGUUGGUGCAUUGCUUAUGGCUUGGUGUCUCUUCUCCCGCAGGUCUAUGUUUGUACACAAGGAUGUGUCUUUUACCAAAAUCUACGUCCUACAGCCGUGGAUCGUCAGCCUCUUGUUGAAGGAUAACCAGCUGGGUUACCAUGAGAAUCUCCUGGCUGGGCAGGUGGUGCGGGUCAUGAGUGACUCAGAUGCCCCUGACCGGCCUGGGGUCCUCCAGAGUGUUUCUCUGCAGGUCACCGAUGGAUCCCACUACAUCCGCGUGGUCGUUACACCCGAUGCUCUGCAGGCAGAGGAAAAUGUCCACAUGCAGGUCCAGCUUGCCGGCCUCACCUGCAGAAUUGUCGUCCUGCAGAAGUACAGAGUGUGUUUUCAGGAGGAGGCCAGACUGGAGGACUGCGAGUUCUACCUCACAGCCCAGCAGUUCAUCGUGCUGCCCAUCCAGAGGCAGAGGAUAGAAUCAUCCGAUGGGAACCAGGAGCCUUCUGUGGUGAAGAAGAUAAAGGAGCUGUGGCUGAGGAAUCCUGCUGUGAGGAAUGCUUCCAGCUCAGACCCCUCCAUCUCUCAGCUAAUUGAUGCCAUAGGACAGAACCAGCUGGAGAUUUUGAAGGAAAAUGCUGAGGAAUGCUUGGAUUUACGGAUGCCCGAGGAGAAGACGGUGACGGUGACGGACGAGGUUCCUGUCACCGAGUGGGAGGCAGAGCGCAAGAAAGAGCAGGGUCAUGAUGUUUUCAUGGUCCCAGUCAACACCCUGGUGAUCCCUCCUGAGGAGGAGGAAGUUGCUUGUGAUUCUUCCAGGACAGAUACAAACAAAACAACUCCUGGGAAGAGUAGUGAUGACAGGACAGUGCCAGGGGACCCAAGUGUUGUAUCCCAAGCCAGCCAUGCUGAGUCACUGGCCUUGUCAGAUAGCUUGGAGGGAUCCCUGGACAACCCCUGGAACAGGAUCCCCUCACUGUCUUUGACCCCGAGCUCUUCAGAUGAGAAGACCUUUCAACCUGAUGCUUCCCUGAAGACCCAGAAAGAUGUGUCUGCUGACAGCAACACCCCCGACCUGCUAGACCUGUGUAGCCAGGACUCUCCCAAGAGAUUGCCACAGGGAGAGCCAGUACAGACUUUCUCUCCCUCCCUGCUCUGCUCCUACAGCAAUCCCAGUCCACUGAAGACCAGCACCAGCCAGGCAGCAUCAGCUUUGGGGGCAGCCUGUGGUGCCCCCUGCGCUGCUCAAGGCCCGCAGGGAUCAAGGGGCUCUCAGACCACCCUGCCAACUCUUUCUCCAGAUUUCCCUGUCUUGCCCAGCACCAGCUUGCAAUCCAUGCCCAACAGGAUGCCUCAGGGGGAGCAGGCGUGCUCCGGUGGCACAGCUUUCCCUCCAGAUGCGUUGAAGCCUUUUCCAGCUCCUGCCAGGACACGGAACCAAGCUGCUGCGGGUGUCAAGAGGAAGCUGAUGGUGGGAGAUGACCAGGCACUGCUGGCCCCCGGCGAGCAGCAGCAUCCCCAGGGCACCCCAAGGGGCAGGGGGACAGGCACGGGCAGGAGAUCAGAGCUCAGGAGCCCACGGGGUGCAAAGAAGAGCAGAAAGGAGACAGGGCUGCAACAUGGAAAGGAGCUUGAGGAGGAAGAGGAGGAGGAGGAGGAAGAAGAGCAAGCAUCAUCCUCUGCGAGCGGCCCCAGCUCCAGGCCGGAGCAGCGCAGAACUCUGGAGCCGUACGUGAGGAAACCAGCCCAGUACAAAUAUGAGGCACCAAGCCCCGAGCUCUGCCAGCAGAUACAGUCUAUCAGGAUCUCCAAGGCAAUGCUGAAGUGGGCGUGCUGGAUACUGACAGAGGAGGAGGAGGAGGAGGAUUCCUGAGCCUAGCCCGUUCUUCAUUCUGUCCUUCUUUCACCGUAUCCUCCAAAACACUGGGAAGAGCAGUUGGGGGGGGAUGUGGGGACACCAGGACCCCUGUGACCAAGAGGACCGCUGAGUAGGCUGACCUGGCUGCAAAGACCCUGGCCCAGGGAUGCUGGGAUAUGACCUGUUGAAAGCCAGCACCCUCAGUGCCAAGAGGGGAAAAAAAGCAUCCAUGCAGGAAUGCCUGCAUGUGAGCUGGCAUCCCUCUCCCACCUUGCCAUCCUUUCCAAAUGCCUUGGCAUCUGGGGACAAGAGGUGACCCAGUGCCACUGUAGCAGCAAUGGCAGAGGCCUGACAACCUGAUCCCCUCUCCGAAGGUGCCCCAGGAGUUUGGACGUUUUAUUGAUUAGUUUGGGUAGGGUCCUGCACCGUUUGUUACAAAAAAUAUCCCGCAGGGUUAUGCUGUAGAAAUUAAAAAUAAAAAUUGUAUAUUUUUUAAA